GAUAGAAUAUUUAGCAUGGGUGUCCGUGGCAUUUAUUGCAGGGGUCACUGGAACGUGUCGAAAGCAGUAUAUAAGGCUGUUGACGCCCUUGCCCUCCGUAUAAGUUUCUACGCUGCAACAGUCAUGAAGUGGUGCCUUGCGCUGGUCGCCGUGAGCCUCUGGGCCGUUGCCGCCGCCCAGACGGGAGUGCAGUGUAGCGUUGACAUCGCGGACCAGUGCCCUGAGAAAGAUGACCCAGGAAAUCCCGUGUUCCUUCCCAACCCGGAUGAUUGCUCUCAGUACUGCGAGUGUUCCAACGGAUAUGCUUGGCUCUUCGAUUGCCCGCCGGGAACACUCUUUGAUGAAUACUCAAAGCGGUGCAUCAUGGAAGUCGAUGCGAACUGCGGCUCACGUCCCCUACCUUAGCGCUGCAGUGUUGCGUCGUGAACGAGCUGCGUCCGCUGAGAUGAACACAGCAAUGUUUGGUGUGCUGCUGUGUGUGCCUCGCAUCAAUAAAGAAAGUAAAAGUUAACCCCCUCCUUCUCUAGCACGCUAAAAAUGUUAUUUUUACAGUACUUAAUAAACUCUAAGUAAACUUU